AACUUUGAUGAUUUUUUAAAUUAACUUUGAUGAUUGAGAUUAUAGAGAAAGGCUGUCUUUUGACUUCUGUUCACUCUCAAUAAAUAUGUCCCCAGUUCCCAUAACCCAAGUCUAGUGAAUUGAAGAAGCAUGUAGCAUCAUCCAUUUUGAAAGCCCCACUUGAAACAUAGCAGAGGUAUCUGACACAGAGAGAGAGAGAGAGAGAGAGAGAGAGAGUACUCGUACAUUAAUACAGAGAGAGGAGAUGGGAAGGGCUCCUUGUUGUGACAAGUCGAAUGUGAAAAGAGGGCCAUGGUCACCUGAAGAAGAUGCAACGCUGAAAGAGUACAUAGACAAAAACGGGACUGGACGGAAUUGGAUUUCUCUUCCUCAGAAAGCUGGUCUUAAGAGAUGUGGGAAAAGCUGCAGAUUAAGAUGGCUAAAUUAUCUCAGACCCAACAUUAAACACGGUGACUUUUCUGAAGAUGAAGAUAGGAUAAUUUGCAGCCUCUUUGUUGCCAUCGGAAGCAGGUGGUCAAUAAUAGCAGCUCAGUUGCCAGGCAGAACUGAUAACGAUAUUAAGAACUACUGGAACACCAAGCUGAAGAAGAAACUGGUGGGUAUGUUUCCUCAAGCCCAGAGGAAAAAUCUCCAUUCAACUUUGCUUAAAAUUUCAACAUCCUCAGUAUCAUCGUCUGCAACACCUACAACAUCAUACAAAGGCAGCAACAGUACUACCUACUACACUCCAACCACUUCUUUUACAGGAAUACAGCCCUUUUCAUUCACCUCAAGCCCUUUGAGGGACAAUUAUUCUAGUUAUGCAGCUCCAUUUCUUCAAGACCAAGAAAGCUAUGUAGCUCAGCUGCAAAAUUACCUUGGAAAAGAUAUUCUGCCAACCUUUGUAAGUGAAGCUAGCUGCAGCUCUUCUGAUGGAAGUUCUAAUAACCUCAUCAACCAUAGCAAAGGAGACUUUAAAUAUGGUGGUGGCACAGGAGUUGGAGCAGUCGAAACUUGUGGUGAAGGACAAGUACUGGAUCUAAAGAACUGCUUUUUCAAUGGGGCCCAAGGAAACCAGAGCUCCCUCAUGACUUCUAAUGGGAGUGUUAAUGUUAACGAUUGGAUGGAAAAGCAAAAUGGUAUGUGGGUAGAAACCCCAUUAGACUACGGCCUUGAAGAAAUUAAGCAGUUGAUUAGCUCUACUGGUGGCAACAGCUUCUUCUGUGAUGAACCCAAGACCGAGGAAUUGAUGUUGUACUAGUACUGAUGCUGGCUAUGGGUAAAAUAAAAAGAUUUGGAAAGAAAGGAUGGGAUGAUUGUAGAUUCAACUUAGCAAACAGGUUAAAGAUUCGCUUUGGGAAAAAGAAGGAAGUUGAAAGAGUCAGCGUCACGCGAAUUGGUGCACGAAGUGCUUGUACUCCCAAAAUUCUAUUUGAAAUCGUGUUUGUUGGAAUUUGUUGAUGUUCUUGAUGGAAACACUUUAUUGAAAGUACAGUUAAAAGUUGUGCA